AAAUAUCAGUAACUGUUUCUCAUAAUUUUAUUCAAAUGUUCGCAAUUGCAUUCUUUCGAGCUCACAGCCGAAGCUUGGUUUUUUCAAGCUUACAGGCAGUUCAAAUUCGAACUGCGAUGAACAGAUCCGGGCUUGAAAAAUCACAAUGUGCUAUUUUGUUUCCAGGACAAGGUGCUCAGUACGUUGGGAUGGGUAAAGAUCUUCAUUCGAAUUUUCCUUCUGCACGUCAAGUAUUUGAAGAAGCUGAUGAUGCAUUAGGAUUAAAUUUGACAAAAUUAGUGUUUGAAGGUGAUCAGAAAGAUCUGAAUCAAACACAAAAUGCACAACCUGCAAUAUUGACGACAUCUAUAGCCACUCUUCGAGUCUUAGAGAGUGAAUAUGGGUUUGAUGUUUCAUCUGCUUGCACGUAUGCACUUGGACACUCUCUAGGAGAAUAUACGGCUUUGGUUGCUACUCAGUCGUUAUCACUACGUGACGCUGUUAAGCUUGUUAGACUUCGUGGCGAAGCCAUGGCAAAUACGGUUUCUCAAUUAGGAGUCAAAACAGCCAUGGCCGCUUUGAUUGUUCGUGAAGAAAACUUGGCCAAACUUCAAGCUUCGAUAGAUGAAAUUUGCUCUAACUUACCAGAGGGUGAAUCUGUAGAACUUGCUAAUAUUAAUAGCGCAGUCAUUAGUGGAACAGGUAAAGCCGUAGAUUAUGCAUCGCGGGUUUUGCAGUCACAGCAUCUUGCUGCACGUGCUUUGGACCUUCCUCCAGCUGCAAACGUAAUGCAAAAAGCAAUGAGUGAUAUCAAAUUUAAGAAACCAAUCGUUGAUAUUAUAUCAAAUGUCACAGCCAAUCCGGUAUAUGAAGCAUUUUCAUUAAUUUGUUUUACUUAUUGCUCAAUACUCCUUAUUGAACUUAAAUAUAAUGCACAGAUACAAUCAAUAUCUGAGAUACCUUCUCUUCUAGUUCGACAAGUAACUGCCAUUGUUCAAUGGCAUAAAAGUAUAAGAUAUUGUAAAGAACAUGGCAUUAAUAACUUCAUAUUAUUUGGACCUGCAAGG